UGAAUGCUAUUACCGAAGUAAAAGUUUUCUUUCUCAUUUUAUUUAUACCGAUACCGAUGGCUGCUUCUUACAAGAUAAGGGGAGGAGUGAGAUUGGAGUCUUCUGAAUCUCAACAAAAUGAAUCAUUAAGGAAGACGCUAAUUGGAUUUGACAUCGACAACAAAAAUUAUACCAUGCGCAAGGCUAGAGACAGUGGAACUAAUGACAUCGUCAGUAAAAAUAUUACUAACAUCUUGGAGAACUUGUUGAAAAAUUAUGAAAGUUCCCAAUUACCUAAUCAUGGAAAAGGUCAUCCCACAGUUGUCAAAACCAACAUUCUUAUCAGAAGUAUGGGUCCUGUAUCAGAAUUAGACAUGGAAUAUUCCAUGGACUGUUACUUUAGACAAUAUUGGCGAGAUCAGAGAUUAUCCUUUGUAGGACCGAUAAAUUCAUUAUCUUUGUCUAUCAAGAUGUUGGAAAGAAUUUGGAGACCCGAUACGUACUUUUACAAUGGGAAAAACUCCUAUGUUCAUACCAUAACUGUACCUAAUAAAUUAUUAAGAAUCAGUCAAGAUGGAGAUAUCUUAUAUUCUAUGAGGCUAACGAUUAAAGCGAAAUGUCCAAUGGAACUGAAAACUUUUCCAAUGGACAGACAAUCCUGUCCGCUUAUCUUAGGAAGUUACGCAUAUACGUCAAAAGAUUUAGUAUAUCAAUGGCAAAACGAGGAAAGUGUAAAUUUUGUGGCAGGAAUGACAUUGUCACAAUUUGAUUUAAUUAGUUAUCCAUCAAGAAGUUUUAAUUUAACAAGACGAGAAGGAGAAUUUUCCGUGCUAGAAGUUUCAUUUAAUUUACAGCGUCAUACUGGAUACUUUUUAAUUCAGAUCUACGUUCCAUGCAUUCUUAUCGUCGUACUUUCUUGGGUAUCAUUUUGGAUACACAGAGAGGCUACCAGCGACAGAGUUGGCUUAGGUAUUACUACGGUUCUAACUCUCUCUACAAUAAGUCUCGAUUCGAGAACAGAUCUUCCCAAAGUUCGUUACGCAACAGCCCUCGAUUGGUUCCUGCUUAUGAGUUUUUUUUAUUGUAUUGCUACAUUACUGGAAUUUGCCGGAGUACAUUAUUUUACAAAGGUCGGAAGCGGUGAAAUUCUUGUUGAGGAAGAUGAAUGGGAUGAUUGUAACGAACCUAUCGAGGAAUUUAUUGGAGGAAAUUCAGCAGAUCUUUUAGAAAAUAUAAAUACGGAUAAUCGUCGCAGGAGGAGUUCUAAUAUUUGCCCAAUCUACAACACUACAUCUCUAUGUCAAAAUUCCCAAAGAACCUCUAUAAUAUCGAAUUCCAAUUGCUCUCUGCAUACAAAAUCAACCUUGGAAAAAACGACUCAAACAGAAAACAAGCUACCGAAAUGGAAACAGUUUCUUUAUUGCUUAAAAGGAGAUGAUAAAUUUCGAAGACAAAGACAACGAGAUGCAGAGGCAUUAGAAACCAACAAAAAUGGUCACCACGGCAACCGCCACAUAAAUAGCGUAUCUCUGAUUGACAGAACUGCGAGAAUUAUGUUUCCUGCAUCGUUCGGAUUGUUCAACUUGUUUUACUGGCUGAUGUACAUCAUGACUCAAGAAAAUUUCAAAUGGGGAGACAACCAACUAAACGCUCGCGGAUAUUAAUUUACUGUUUUAUACUAUAAAAUCCUUAAAUCGGUGUAUGUAUACAGGGUGGCGCCACUCACGUAACGACGCGGAG